AUGUUUCAUGACACUGGGCUCUCACUUUCCCCUCCCCCUUCCAUCUACUUAUCGGUCUUCCUUCCUUUACAACAGCCAGAGAACUACGAUCACCCACCAGCUUCUAAUCGUCGUCCCUCUCGUGCAAGGGAUCCUUCUUUUGUUCCCCCACCGGGGAGAUUGGAACAGUCACUCUACGAAUACCUAAGCGCCCGACACCCUCAAGUUCAACUACAAACCGCUGCCACCACUGCCGACCGUGGAGCUGAAACUGAAGACGAGGAUUCGGAACUAGAUUCGAUACUAUCUGAGAUUCGAUUUGGAAACCACACUUCUCAACUGUUGAACAGAUUGAUUGAACAAGAAUCAGGCGGCUCCCCGCGUGAUAAUCAUCCUCCUCGGUCAAGAGACCAGCUACUCUAUCUCCGCAACUUGAUCAACUCGGGAGCAAAUCGGACCGGCUCAGAGGCUAGUACUCGGGCCUUGGAGACUCUGAACCAAGAGGUCGAAGAUCACUACAUAGACGAAACUCGCAAUGGGAAUAUGACAUACAUGCAAGCUCAAGCUGCAUUGGAUAACCAUCGCCUUGUAUUCGGUGUCGACGACCCACGAAGCUCAGUGCCUACUUUUCAAGAUUUCUUCCAACAAUUCCCAUCCACUGCCAAUCCCGCUACUCUAGAACCCCGCCCGCCGACUAAUAGAACUCUCCGACGACGUGCAUUCCGACCUGAUCUAAGAGAUUCACUUCCUACACCAUCCCUAAUGCCUCAACAACCUCCUCAACAACCUCAAACCGGUCGCGACCGGGAUCGCCGGCUUAAGCGGCGCAAGCUUGACGCAGAUGAUCAUCGAGAGGGCAGCCGUGGGUUCAACUAUGGCCACCAGGGCCAGGUGGUCCCCGGACCUUUGAAAAUGGAGAUCGCAAGCUGCGAUGGAGGCAACUACGAUCCAGAUGGAGAAUGUUUACUGCCUGAUAGUAUUCUGCGCAAUGACAACAAUGUUUACAGCACCAAGUCCGAUCGGUGUAAUAUUGUUCUUCGUCACAAGAACGAGGCACCUUUCUGUUUGAAGAAGCUCAUCAUUAUGGCUCCAAGAUCUGGUUUUGACGCACCAAUUCAGGAAGGAAUGGUGUUUGUUACUAUGGAUUCGGAUGAAGCACUUGCCCGCACCGUUCAGUACCAAAUUCAAUACUCCAGUCGCCGUCGUCGCCGCGAGCGACGACACGCUCUUCAACCAUCCCAAGAAUAUCUCAAUGGUUCUUCGCGCCCUCCUCUCCAAUCUGUGGAACGUACCGUGCUUGUUGGCCCUGACCCAAAUGUGGCUUCGUCAAGUGAAGGUCGAAGUACACGUGGUCCACAAACCGAUGGAUUCCGCGUCACCACAGAGUACAACUGCACUAGCACUAUUGAUGGAUUUGGGCAGCAAGACGACGACGACAUGCUUCCAUCGGUGGCUGAACUAGAAACGGUCAACGACGAUGAUGACUUCAUGUCUGAUAGCGAUGAGGAUAGUGCCAGUGAUGAUGACGAGGAAGAGUCCAAUACCAUGACUAACUUUUCCAAUCGCCGCCGAUUAGAGGCCCAGUCGCAACGAAGAUUGGCCUCCAUGCGCCGUCAGGCAUCUGAUCCAACACAACGACAUCGCCAACCAAGCUUGAUUGACCCAAAUCCACCUGCAUCCCUGUUUGGCGCUGGAUCGUCGACCGCAGCAUCAUCCAGUGCCCCCGACGCUCUCAAGCCGUACGCCCGUUUCUUCAUUGAGAGAGAGAAGAGUAUGGUCACUAUCAAGUUUGAUCCGCCUCCUUCCGGUCGUUUCAUUCUUAUCAAAUUGUGGAAUCCUCGACCUGAUCACAAUCUUGACAUCCAAACCAUCAUUGCCCAUGGUUAUGCAGGACCACGAUUUUUCCCCUCCAGUGGUUUCCGAUGA